AUGAGGCCCUUCGCAAGCGCCUUUGGGGCAAUGCGUCAGGCUGGCCGUCGCACUGUUUCCAAUGCGCGUCCCUCCAUCGCCCCUAGAGAUACCUUCCGCCGCAACCCGUCCCUGUGCAGAACCUACGCCGACUCGGUCAGCCCCGAGACCAAGGCCAAGGUCAAGAAGGGUGGCUUCAGGUUCUUUCGCUGGACCUGGCGCCUGACGUAUUUGUCGGCGCUGGCAGGAGUUGGCUACACCAGCUAUGUCGUCUACCAAAUGCGCAACCCGGCCGACCAGCCUGACCCGGACCCGAGCAAGAAGACGCUCGUCAUUCUCGGUACCGGUUGGGGCUCUGUCUCCCUCCUGAAGAAACUCGAUACGGAAAACUACAAUGUCGUCGUCAUCUCUCCCCGCAACUACUUCCUGUUUACCCCGCUGCUCCCGUCAUGCACUACCGGUACUAUCGAACAUCGCUCUAUCAUGGAACCGAUUCGUAAUUUCCUGCGCCACAAGAAGGCCGCCGUCAAGUACUACGAGGCCGAGGCUACCAAGGUUGAUUACGAAAAGAAGGUUGUCUACAUCAACGACGAGUCCGAGAUCAAGGGCGAUGUCUCCGCUACUGAAGUUCCUUUCGAUAUGCUCGUUGUUGGCGUCGGUGCUGAGAACGCGACUUUCGGUAUCCCUGGUGUCCGCGAACACGGUCUCUUCCUGAAGGAGGUCGGCGAUGCCCAGCGCAUUCGUAAGCGUAUCAUGGACUGCUGUGAAACUGCCAUCUUCAAGGAUCAGGACCCCGAGGAGGUUAAGCGUCUUCUUCACAUGGUUGUUGUCGGUGGUGGCCCCACUGGCGUCGAGUUCGCCGGUGAACUGCAGGACUUCUUCAACGACGACCUCAAGAAAUGGAUUCCGGAUAUCAAGGAGAACUUCAAUGUCACUCUCGUCGAGGCCCUUCCUAACGUCCUUCCCAUGUUCUCUAAGCAACUGAUUGAAUACACCGAGAAGACCUUCAAGGAGGAGACUAUCAAGAUUCGUACUAAGACUAUGGUCAAGAGGGUCACUGAUAAGUUCAUCGAGGCUGAGUCUACCGGUCCCGACGGCAAGAAGCAGCUCGAACGCAUCCCCUACGGUCUUCUUGUUUGGGCUACUGGCAAUGCUCUGCGCCCCGUCGUCAAGGAUCUCAUGUCUCAAAUCCCCGCUCAGAAGGACUCUCGCCGUGGUCUCGCCGUCAAUGAAUACCUCGUCGUAAAGGGAACUGAGAACAUCUGGGCUGUUGGUGACUGCGCUGUCGCCAACUAUGCUCCCACUGCUCAGGUCGCUGCCCAGGAAGGCUCUUUCCUCGCUCGCUUGUUCAACCAGAUGGCCAAGACUGAGCAGAUCGAGGAAGAGCUGAAGAAGCUCUCUACUGCUCAGGAGAAGGCUCCCAGCAAGGAUGAUCGCGACCGGGUUUUCGCUAAUAUCAAGGAUCUGCAGAAGCGUCUGCGCCGCGUCAAGCAGAUGGGCCCGUUCGAAUACUCUCACCAAGGCAGUCUCGCCUACAUUGGUAGCGAGAAGGCUGUUGCUGAUAUCUCCUGGUUGACUGGUAACUUUGCCACUGGUGGUACUCUGACCUACUUCUUCUGGAGGAGUGCCUACCUGAGCAUGUGCUUCAGCACCCGCAACCGUGUUCUCGUCCUGGUCGAUUGGGUCAAGGCCAAGGUGUUUGGCCGUGACGUCUCCAGGGAAUAA